GAUCUUUUGAGUUCUUGUCUUGGUUCGUUCUUGAUUCUUGGACGAGGUGGGAUUUGGAGAGCCGAGGGCGGCGCGGCAGCGGCGGGUUUCUCGGUCGGACUAGAUUGUUUCCAUCGAGAUGGUGGGCGGCGGAGGGCAUUCGUCGAUGGACCACCCUGGCGCCAAGGACCUCGAGCGCGGCGAGUUGCGCCGUGGCGCGCCUGAGUUUGCGGACGGCGAUGAUGGAGACGGGGAAGAAAGCCAGUACUUCUCGGACGCGGAGGACCGGUCGUGGACGUCGCACUCGCGCCACGAUUCCACCGCCUACGAGGACUACGUCUUGCCGUGCGUGUCCGCCCGCGCGAGCUCCGUCGACGCCGAUGCCGACGGCGAGGCCGUCAGACAACACUGCAGGAAGUCAUCGUGCGUGUCAGAGGGCUCGCUGGACGACGUUGACCUAGAGGCCGGACUGAGCGAGAUCAUCAAGGCCAGCCCUAAGAAGGCCGAACAGAACUGUCGCAUUUGCCACCUUGGCCUGGAGAGCGCGGUGGCCGAGUCCGGUGCCGACAUCACGCUCGGCUGCUCCUGCAAGGGGGACUUAUCCUACGCCCACAAGCAGUGCGUCGACACAUGGUUCAAGAUCAGAGGCAACAAGUAA